AUGGCAGAAUUCACUCAUGAAAGCACAGAAGACCAGGAGGAAGAGGAACUACAGGAGGAAGUGUUAGAUUUUGCACCAGCUGCACUGGAUGACUCUCUGCCAGAAGUGGAAGAUCCUUUACAGGAAAUAAACUUAGGGACAGGGGAGAAUCCAAGGCCUACCUUUAUCAGCGCACUAUUGAAAGAACCACUUAAGAAUGAACUCAUUGCACUUCUACAAAAGUUCAGAGAUUGUUUUGCUUGGCAUUAUCAUGAGAUGCCAGGAUUAGAUAGGGAAUUGGUAGAACACAGGCUGCCAAUCAAAGAGGGAUACCUUUCAGUCAAACAGGCCAGAAGAAGGAUGUCCAUGGACACAGAACUGAAAGUCAAGGAAGAAAUAGAAAGGUUGCUUAAGGUAGGAUUCAUCAGGCCAGCCAUCUAUGCUGAUUGGCUAGCUAAUAUUGUACCAGUUCUGAAAAGAAAAACCGGGGCAGUCAGAAUUUGUGUGGAUUACAGAAAUCUGAAUGACGCCUCUCCCAAGGAUGAGUACCUUAUGCCAAUGGCAGACAUGCUAGUAGAUGGAGCUGCCCACAACCAGAUGCUAUCUUUUAUGGAUGGCAACGCAGGUUACAAUCAGAUCAUGAUGGCAGAAGAAGACAUCCACAAAACAGCCUUCAUGUGUCCAGGACAUAUAGGUGCUUUUGAAUACACUGUAAUGCCUUUUGGCUUAAGAAAUGCAGGGGCUACUUAUCAAAGGGCAAUUAAUUCUGUUUUCCAUGAUAUGAUAGGGCAUUCCUUGGAAGUUUAUAUUAAUGAUGUGGUGAUUAAAUCACCAGAUGAGGAACAAACCUUUAAGUGGGAAGAACAGCACCAACAAGCUUUUGAGGAAAUCAAGCAUUACCUCUCAAAUCCACUAGUUCUGUCCCCACCAAAGAGGGGCAGACCACUCAAGUUCUAUGUAUCUGCAUCAGAAGUAUCCAUUGGGAGUUUAUUGGUUCAAGAUAACAAGGAAGGGAAGGAACAUGCAGUCUACUACCUGAGCAGAACUCUGACAGAGGUGGAAAGAAAAUAUUCUGCAAUUGAAAGACUUUGCCUAGCCUUGUACUUCACUGCUGUGAAGCUCAGACAUUACAUGCUGCCAUACACCAUCUACAUCAUUGCCAAAACAGAUCUGAUCAAAUACAUGCUAACAAGACCAAUGCUGAGAGGCAGAAUUGGAAAAUGGACCUUGGCCUUGACAGAAUUUGCCUUCAGAUAUGUUCCUCAGAAAGCCGUCAAAGGACAAGCUGUGGCAGACUUCCUAGCAGAUCAUCCCGGGGAGGAGAUUGAAAACAUGGACUCUUUAGACAUAGCAAAUGCAGAUCUAUUAACCAGAGCUCACAUCUGCCUCAACAAUCCUAUCUAUUCAGUUCAUCUUGCACCUUGGAAGUUAUACUUUGAUGGAUCAAAAACUGAUAUAGCUUCUGGGGCAGGAAUUGUUUUGGAAGAACCACUUGGAAUCAGACACUGUUACUCUUUCCAAUUGGAUUUCCAGUGCACCAACAACAAGGCAGAAUAUGAGGCUUUAAUCAUUGGCUUGGAAAUGCUGGUAGAACUAGGAAUCCAAUCUGUGGAAAUUUUGGGAGAUUCCAUGCUAGUUUUAAAACAAAUUGCUGGGGAAUACAAGUGCCUAAGUCCUUCUCUAGCCGUCUACUUGGUGGCAGCCAGGAAUCUUCUGACAGAAUUCAAAGAAGCCACUUGGGAACAUAUCCCAAGGGAAGAAAAUUUUGCAGCCAAUGAAUUGGCUCAGGUGGCAACAAGCAUACAAAUGCCCGAAGAUUGUGUACAAAGAAUCAUCAGGAUAGGGAAGAAAAGCCUACCAUCUGUUCUGACCAGGGGGAUGGAAAUAGAUGUCAAUUCUGCCACAAUCACUGAAGAUUAUUGGAGAAAUCCUAUCAUGACUUACUUACGAUAUCCAACUCUGCCCUCUGAAAAGAGAGUCAGAAUCAUGGCUUUAAACUACCUUAUGUGGAACGAAGAUUUGGUCCGAAAGAGUAAGGAUGAGGUGCUUUUAAGGUGCCUCGGAAAGAAAGAAUACAUGAAAGUCAUGGGAGAAACCCAUGAAGGAAUCUGUGGAGCACAUCAAGGUGGGAGAAAAAUGUGCCGGUUAAUUAGAAGAUAUGGCUACUUCUGGCCAACCAUGAUGAAAGAUUGCAUUAACUAUUCCAAGGGGUGUGAAUCUUGUCAAAGACACGGCCCAAUCCAGCAGGCUCCUUCAAUUCCCAUGAAUCCAGUGGUAAAACCAUGGCCCUUUAGAGGAUGGGCAAUGGAUCUCAUUGGCAAGAUCUAUCCAACCAGCACCCAGCAGCACUGCUUUAUCAUUGUUGCCACAGACUAUUUCACUAAGUGGGUAGAAGCCAAGCCUAUUAAAACCACUACAGCUCAAGAGAUCAUCAUUUUCAUAGAAGAACAGAUUAUACAAAGAUUUGGCAUCCCAAAAUCAAUCACAACUGAUAGAGGAUCUUCUUUCAUAUCCGGAGAAAUGCUGGACAUGGCAAAGGCAUUCAAAUUCAGACUGCUCCAGCCCAUUCCUUAUUAUGCCCAAGCCAAUGGGCAGGCGGAAUCAACCAACAAAGUGGUCAUCAACAUUAUCAGAAAAAUGCUUGAGAAGAAUCCAAAACAGUGGCAUGAGAAGUUGUCAGAAACUCUGUGGGCAUAUAGAACUUCAAAAAGAGAAGCAACUGGCAUGACUCCCUAUGCAUUAACCUACGGUCAUGAUGCAAUUCUGCCUAUGGAGAUAGCUGUUCAGUCCCUCAGAAUUGCUCAACAACAUAACUUAGUAGGAGAAAACUACUCCCAAGCCAUGCUGCUGGAACUAGAAGGAUUGGAUGCAAGCAGAAUUGACACUCUCAACAAACUCCUGGCAGGAAAGCAAGCUGUAUCAAGGGCUUACAACAAAAGAGUCAAGAACAAGAGUUUUGAAGAGGGAGAGAUAGUCUGGAAAGCAGUUCUGCCCCUUGGAACACAUCUGGCUGGUUAUGGAAAGUGGUCACCUACAUGGGAAGGCCCUUUCAUAAUCAAUCAGAUUCUUGGAAUGGGGGCAUACAGGUUGCAGGAUAGGGAUGGAGAAAUUCAUACUGCCCCAAUCAAUGGCAAAUGGUUAAAAAAGUUUUAUCCAACCAUGUGGGAUUCACAGGCUGUACAAACAGAUCUUGGGAUAGAGACGGGACUACACUAA